AUGCAAAGAAUUCCUUCUACGUCCAUUGCUACUGUAAGACCACCAACAGGGGGAGAUGAGCAACAUGUGGGGCCUACACACUUGGAACAGCCUCGCCAAGAGUCUGCACAGGCCCAGGAGUUAGCCUCACAGUUGUCUUUGAUUUUAUUGCCCAUCGAUAAAGGAAUGACUCUUGGUGAGCCAAUGAGCUCAAAUCAAGCUAGAGAACUUCCUGAACCAGAUAGUGUGACGGCGGAACUUAUUGCUAUCUAUCAAAUCCCAGAGUUUAGUUAA